AUGCUCUCGACGUCGACUCCUAGGGUUUUGAGGACAACCCAGGCGACGGCGUCACCUGCUCUCAAGGCGAAGCCUCUUCUUGUCGCUUCUUCCUCCUCCUGUGGAGCUCCGGAGCGGGAGCCAGCCGCCUCUGUCGAUGCCUGCUUGAGCCACUUCGGUGAGAGCUUGACUGAACCUGCCUCUAAUUAUUCUCUUGAUGGCUGA